AUGAGCUAUCCAUUUGAGCCUAGCCGACCAGAUCAGGGUCCAUUUAUUAAAUGCUCAUAUUCCUUUUUGCCUCAUAGUAAAGCUCUUCAUUCUGAAUUGAAAUGCCCGAUGUUUUUAGCAAUUACUCCAAUUCCUCCAGCAACAUCUCCAGUUCAAAUCCCCGCACCAAUACAAGCGGUUGGUAGAUGCAGAAAUUGUCAAGCAUUUGCUAACCCAUUUUGCCAAUAUAUGGAUAAUGGUUCAUAUAAAUGUAACUUUUGUCAAAGAGAUCCGAAAUUAGAUCAAAGUAGAAUGGUAUUUGAAGAGCAGAAAAAAGAAAAUGUUUACGACUGCAGAUUCCCAUAUCCAACACAACAUCCAAAGAAACUUCACCCAGUUGCUUAUAUAAAUACAAUUUAUAUGGUAGUUAUAGAGCUUAGUGAGUCAACAUAUGCAGAUAAUCUCUAUUUGGAAAUUCUAAAUCAACUCUACAACUAUUUCAUAAAUUUUGAUGGUGGAUACGCCACAAUUUUCGUUUAUAACAACGGAUUACUCACUCCCACAAUCAACCACGAGGAAAACAAGUUCUCUGUUUCGCUCCACGUCGAUUUAGAAAUGACAGAUAUCGCAGAUUCAGACAGCAUCUUAUUUGAUCUCAGGGAAGACAAGGAAAUACUUACGCAAUACUUUGAGUACCUCAGGACGCUAAAACCAGCCCCAGUUCGUCACAGUCUUGUUGAAAUAUUAAAUUAUUUACAUGAAUGCACUCCAGAAGAGACAUACAACCCUCUAAUCCUUUGUUCAGAGACAAAGAUGAAUUCUGUUGAAGAAUUCCGCGUAAUGGCCAACAGAACAAUACAAAAUGCGGAUACAUCUGAUAUUUUGGCAAUAGAACCAAUCCGUGGCACCAAUGACUUCUCCCCUAUAUUCUAUUACACAUCCAUGCUAUCCGGGUUCUUCAGAUUCUACAAACGACCAGAAUCUGAUCAAUUGCCAUUUGAUUUCAUCAGUAGAUUGAACCAAAGCCACAUGAUCAGUCUAAGUUUACUAAUAAAGCUCCCUUCAUGCUUGAAAAUCGUAGAUAUCCAUGGUUCUGGCAUCAGAUCUGGUGAUUCUUCUUACGAACAGCCAAUUGUUUGUACAGGAGACACAAUCUUCGUAGAAAUCGAUUACAACACGGCCUAUCUACCCCAAACAAUCGAUAUCCAAGCCGUUGCAAGGUUUAGAGACACAAAUUUAAGAAGAUACGCGAGAGUUAUGAACUUAAGACUUUCAACGCGUAACAACACAACUGAUGUCUUCAACACAAUCAAUUUCGAUGUCUUACUCGCAGGAACAGUCUCCAAAUCCAUAUCAAUGACAAGAAUUGAAGGUUCUCAAAGUAGAAAACAGAACUUUUUCGAGUUCGGAAGCAAGUUCUUGAUGAACAAGGUAGAUAUCGAUAGACAGCUCAAUGUCAGGAGAUACAGAAUCAGACAGUUGAUUGCUGUUGCUCCAAAGUUUUUGGAUGAUGUAAAUAGCGCGUUUAUUUUCGGACAUUCUGUUGAAGAAAUCGUUGGUUUCUUGAGUCCGGAAACAUGGUUACUGAACAGAGAAACAGGUGCUAGCGAUGUGACAAUGCUUUGCGAUGCAAGGCCAAGUCCUGGAACUGUUUUACUUGUGAAACUGAGUUCUUUGAAAGCGUUUAUUUUCGCUGAUGACGCACAAACAGCGAAUUUGGUUUUGGAGGAAACUCAGAACUCUGAUUCAGUGAUUUUCAAGGAAAUUUGGUCAAAGGUUGGCUCUGCAAGAGUUGCAGUGAUAUGUCCACAAAUCAACCCUCAACACCCACUCAUUUCAUACACUUACACAAUGAUGAAUUCCCUUCGCGGAUAA